AGGGGCAGUGGGUGUGUUUUCCUCAGUGAGUGACUGUGUCUCUCUCUGUUUUCUCUAUUCAAAAGGCACCAGAUAUAACAACCCAUAGACUCACAAGUAGAAGAGUGAGACUCAAACUUCACAGGAAGAAGAAAGGGUCGCUCUUGAUUCUUCUCUAAUGGAUUAUUCACUUCCUUCCAUUGAAAUGGAUGAUGAGUUUGAAAAGCUUGUUCUUAGAAUGAACCCUCCAAGGGUUACAAUUGAUAAUACUUCAAGUAGGAAAGCUACUUUGAUUAAGGUGGAUAGUGCUAAUAAGUAUGGAAGUUUAUUAGAAGUGGUUCAAGUUUUGACUGAUUUGAACCUUACUAUCAGUAGAGCUUACAUUUCUUCUGAUGGUGAAUGGUUCAUGGAUGUUUUUCAUGUAAUAGACCAACAUGGCAAUAAACUAGCCGACGGCGAAGUCAUCGAUCGUAUUCAAAAGUCAUUGGGACCACGAGCAUGCAGUCUACGCUCCCUGCGAAGAUCUGUAGGUGUCCAAGCUCAAGCUGCUGCUAAGCAUACAACAAUUGAAUUAACCGGAAGAGACCGACCAGGGUUGCUUUCAGAGGUCUUUGCUGUUCUAUCAGACCUUAAAUGCAAUGUGGUAGGUGCCGAAGUUUGGACCCACAAUUCAAGAAUGGCAUCGGUUGUCUAUAUCACAGAUGUCGAGAAUGGUUUGCCAAUUGAUGAUCCUAACCGGUUAAGUAAAAUCAAGCAACUCCUCCGUUAUGUUGUCAAAGGAGGUGUCGAUAAACGGGGUGCAAACACAAUGGUUACUGUCGGCGCGACUCAUACAGAAAGGAGGCUUCAUCAAAUGAUGUAUGCCGACCGUGAUUACGCCAAGGACGAUAUUGAUGGUGGACCUAUGACAGAUCAUAGAAAACCGUCUGUUACUGUUGAGAAUUGUGCAGAUAAGGGGUAUACAGUUGUAAACUUAAGGUGCCAGGAUAGACCAAAAUUACUCUUUGAUACUGUUUGCACAUUAACUGAUAUGCAGUACGUCGUUUUCCAUGCAACUGUCAUUGUUGAAGGACCAGAAGCUUAUCAGGAAUUUUAUAUCCGACAUUUAGAUGGGUGUCCUAUUAGUUCCGAAGCAGAAAGAGAAAGAGUAGUUCAUUGCAUUGAGGCUGCUGUCCGGAGGCGAAGUUCAGAGGGAAUAAGACUCGAAUUAUGUAGUGAUGACAAAGUUGGACUGCUAUCUAACGUUACCCGCAUAUUUAGAGAAAACGGGCUCUCAGUGACUCAAGCUGAAGUAGCUACCAGGGGUGCUCAAGCAGUGAAUGUGUUCUAUGUGACAGAUACAUCAGGGAGUCAAGUUAAGAGUGAAACGAUAGCGGCAGUGAGGGGCGAAAUUGGGGAGACAGUACUACAUGUGAAAGAAGAUAUCUACUCGAAAUCUCCCCCACAAGAUGAAGGUGGGAAGAUAUCUCUUGGUACGCUUUUUCGAACUAGAUCCGAGAAAUUCCUCUACAGCUUAGGUUUGAUAAGAUCAUACUCCUAAGAGAAGAAUCAGUACGAGAACAAGUCUAAGCGCAACAGCAUUGUGAAUUCAAGUGUGUCUGUUAAUGUUUAAAGUAGGUUCCUUUUAGGCAUAUAAUAGCUUGGUUUGAACACUAAAUCCGAUUCAACCUCUUGUUGAUCUGUUUUUUAGGGCUAGGAAGGGGCUUGAUUACUGUGGUUUAUAAUCUUGUAAACUCUACUUGUAAAAACACAUUUCUUUGCUGCCUCUCUCUGAUUUUCUGUAAAUAAUAACUAUGCUGGUGACCUGUGUUUAAGAUGCACA